UGACACGAUAGGAAUGGAGAAGCACUCGGAGGAAUAACGCGAGGGAAUAAGCGCCGAGUCCCCCGUGAUGCCCGUUUAUAGUUUCACUUUUGCGCGUCGCGGCUCUUGUUUUUCUGCCUUCACUGACUGUUUGCAGCUGCAACAGCAGCGGCAACGGAGGCGCUGAAACCCGUCAAAAGUCUAAAAACAGCACCAGAUAUUGUCCUCUGAUCACCUGCUGGACCGAGUGGCAGGUUUUAUCCACAUUGAAACAUGCAUUAGAAGGUCCAGCUGCAUCAUCAUAUUCAUCAUCGCUGCAAAUUUCUAUAUUACAUUCCCCCUGCCAUGGCCUCCUCUCCUGGGUUGGAUGCUAACACGUUACCACUGCUUCAGCUACAGGAGGUGGACUCCAGCAAAUCCUCAGAGAGGCCAAGCUCUCCUGGUCUCCUGCCCGCCGUGUACAGCCCUCCUCUGGGCAUGGACAGCCACGCCAUCUGCAUCCCCUCUCCGUAUAAGAACAGUAGCCACGAGUACAACCACAGCCAUGGACCUCUGACCCUCUAUAGCCCAUCUGUGCUUAGCUAUGCUAGGCCGUCCAUCACUGACAGCCCGUCAUCUCUGUGCCCACCUCUUAGCCCAUCAGCUUUCUGGCCCUCCCACAGCCACCCCAACAUGCCCUCACUGACUCUGCGCUGCCCUCAGCCUCUCAUCUACAAUGAACCCAGCCCACAUGCACCAUGGCUGGAGCCCAAAACCAACAGCAUCAACACCAGCAGCUCCAUCAUCAGCAGUAACAAGCUGCUGGGGAAGAGAUCAGGAGAAGGAGAGGAAGGCGUCAACUCCUCCUUGUGUUCAUCCGCAGCAGGCAAAGCUGACAUGCACUUCUGCGCUGUGUGCCACGACUACGCCUCGGGUUACCACUACGGUGUGUGGUCCUGUGAGGGCUGCAAGGCUUUCUUCAAGAGGAGUAUCCAAGGACAUAAUGACUACAUUUGCCCUGCCACAAAUCAAUGCACUAUCGACAAGAACCGACGUAAAAGCUGCCAGGCCUGCCGCCUACGUAAAUGCUACGAAGUGGGCAUGAUGAAGUGCGGUGUAAGGCGUGAACGCUGCAGUUAUCGAGGGGCCCGACACCGCCGCGGUAGACUCCAGCAUCGGGUGCCCACAGGCAGGGGUUUGGUGAGGGUGGGGCUGGGUUCACAGGCCCAGAGGCAUCUCCACCUGGAGGCUCCUCUCGCCCCCCUCGCCCCUCUCCCUCAGGCCAACCACGCACACAAUCUGGUCAUGAGCCCAGAGGAGUUCAUCUCCCGCAUCAUGGAGGCGGAGCCUCCAGAUAUCUACCUCAUGGAGGACCUGCAGAAGCCCUUCACCGAGGCCAGCAUGAUGAUGUCCCUCACCAACCUGGCAGACAAGGAACUGGUUCUCAUGAUCAGCUGGGCUAAAAAGAUCCCCGGCUUUGUCGAGCUGAGUCUAGCUGACCAGAUCCACCUGCUGAAGUGCUGCUGGCUGGAUAUCCUGAUGUUGGGCCUGAUGUGGAGGUCGGUGGAUCAUCCUGGAAAACUCAUUUUCUCUCCAGACUUCAAACUCACCAGGGAGGAGGGACAGUGUGUGGAGGGCAUCAUGGAGAUUUUCGACAUGCUGCUGGCAGCCACCUCUCGGUUUCGUGAGCUGAAGCUUCAGAGGGAGGAGUACGUCUGUCUGAAGGCAAUGAUCCUCCUCAACUACAAUCUGUGUACGAGCCCCCCUCAGACAGCAGAGGAGCUGGAGAGCAGGAACAAGCUGCUGCGCCUGCUGGACUCUGUGAUCGAUGCUCUGGUCUGGGCCAUUUCCAAACUGGGCCUGUCGACCCAGCAGCAGACUCUGCGCCUUGGACACCUCACCAUGCUGCUCUCCCACAUCCGCCACGUCAGUAACAAAGGCAUGGACCAUCUGUCCACCAUGAAGAGGAAGAACGUGGUGCUGGUGUACAACCUCCUCCUGGAGAUGCUGGACUCCAGCACGUCCAGCAGCAGUCAGCCGCCGUCCUCGCCGAGCUCUGAGACUUACUCUGAACAGCACCAGUAUCCCCAACCGCCGUCUCACCUGCAGCCGGGCUCAGACCACACCCUCGCUGACCACACCACUGUGCCUCCACGCGGACCCGCCGAAGUCCAGAUGCUGGACAGACACCUGCAGCCGCUGUCCCUCCAGUCCUCGCCUCCAUUUCAGAGUUUAGUGGCGGCUCACAUGGACACUAACGAUUAUAGCCAUCCGGAGCACUGGUCAAUGGACACGGGAGACGCAGGUCCAUCAGUGGAACCAACAGACUACAUCAUCGCUGAACGAGUUGCCAUGGAAACUGCCUGAGAGGGGGUGACAGGACUGAAAGAGACUAAAUGAACCUUUAAUGGCUUUCCACCCCCCAAAGAUCGAGGAGAGGACAUUAAAAAAGGAUUUUAAAAAAGUGCUUUUGUGAGGUAAAUUUUUUUUCCUGUCGAGAUGUUUUUAGUCUUUAAAAAAAAAUGUUUUUGAUUGAUGUAUAUUUUGUGUGCGUAAAUAUUUCUUGUGAAUGUGCACUACAGUCGGUGUUCGUGAGGACAUCGCUGAACCUCUGCCAGUCAGUUUGAACUCUUUUUUUGAUAAACAGUAUUUGUAUCUUGUUUUUCACAUUGGUGUAACAUCCAGAACAAGCUGUCUACAGUCUGCAGUGCAUGUGGUCAACACGGUUCACAUCCAUUUCCACAAAGGGUUGUUAUAGCUAAAAAAACAACAAAAAACGGGGUGGUGUUUUCUAUCACACUGUGGUGUUUUUCUCCUUCACUUCUACUGUGUACUUUGGUGUUUUAAUCGGUGCCUGUUUGGGAUUUUUCUACUCUCUUUGUACAAACUACACGUUUCAGUGGAGUCAAGAAGCGGCACUUCGUGGCCUUUUAACAUCAUGACUGUUAACUUGAGCUUUUUUGUCUGUUCAUCCGGUUAAACUAAGGCUGGAUUCACAUAAUGUGACAUCUGUUCUCGGCACCAUAGACUUUAUAAAAGAAGCGGAUGUUAACAUCAUGGCGUCACCCAUUGAGUUGUUGACUUCUGUUGUAAAGCUUUAAAUUUGCCAUUUUGGCAUCUAGGAUUUUUUUUUUUUAGCCAGAAGUGACCAUUAUUGGACAAGAGGGUGGAGCUGUGGAAGAGCAAGUUUUAGAUCAGACUGAUAACCCCACGACACACAUGAUGGCAACUUUUUAAUUGCAAGUUGUUAGCCACUCCCUAUUGCAUACCAAUAUAUCGUCAAUUUCGUUAUAUAUGGCAACAUAAUUUACAAAGUGAAAUUCAUGUUGCACCGAAGAAAACUAAAAACUCGUGAUUGAGACAGUAAAGGAAUUAUGAUAGUGUUUACAGAGUUCACCAUUUAAAGAGGGAUAGACAAUCUUGACUUUUUAAAUUUUUUUUUACAACCAGUGGAUUAGCCCCCUGCUGGCCAUUUGGAAGAAUUCACAAAAUGCCCACAGUCGUAAAAUUUACAGAAAAAUUCUGAAAUUCGAAAAACUCUUUUCCAGGCCAGAAUGAUUUGGAAAAGUUUAGAAAACAUAUUUUUGAAAAUUGUUUAAAAUAGGUUCAUUAAACAUGUCGUAACGUUUAAAAUUAUAAUUUUAAAAUGAAUUGUUGAUUUAAAAUCUGGUGCUGCGUUGUGUGACUGUUAAAACAUUAUCUCUAUCAUAUGAUACACAUAUAUUUAUUACAUUUUAUUAAGGCUUAAAAUGAUGCACAAUCAAGAGCUGCUUUGAAUGGCAGUUUGUCAGGUUCUUAGUUAAAACCAUCCCCUCGCUGCUCCACAGCUCGAUACUCUCGUCCAAAUGACAGAAAGAGGCUUCAAAAUGUUUCAUGUUCAUAAACUAAAGGGUGAUGUCAUGAUGGGUUUGUCCAUUUUUUAUACAGUAUAUGAUUAUCUCUAGAAAGAAUUGUGCACUACCAAAAUAAAAAGUUGCUUUACAUUUCUAUAAAACA